AUGAAGUGCGCUGUGGAAGCAGAGAAAAUAGACUGGGAUUUCAAUCCUCCUUCAGCUCCUCAUUUUGGAGGGUUGUGGGAAAUCGGUAUUAAAUCUGUUAAAUCACAUCUAUACGAACUGAUUGGUGAUCGAAUUCUUUCUUAUGAGGAGAUGUAUACCGUGCUGGUUCAAAUCGAGGCGGUCUUGAACUCCCGACCACUUUGUCCUCUCAGUACAGAUCCAAAUGACUUAUCGGUACUCACUCCGGGGCAUUUUCUCACACUGGCUCCUAUUUCCGAUAUUCCUGAGCCUGACUUAUCCAAUGUGUCCCUCAAUAGAUUAUCUAGGUGGCAGUUGAUCACUCGGUUGCAUCAAGAUUUCUGGAAAAGGUGGCAUGUUGAAUAUUUGAAUACGUUGCAACAACGGACCAAAUGGUUCACACCACGAGAUUCCCAAUUAUCUGUGGGACAACUUGUGUUGAUCAGGGAUGAGCAACUGCCUCCUCGACGUUGGCGCAUGGCUCGCGUGAUUGAUGUCCAUUUGGGCAAGGACGGUAUAGCACGAGUGGCUACCGUUCGCACUGUUAGCGGUAUUCUGCAAAGACCGGUAGUAAAAUUGUGCCCUCUUCCGGGGCAAGCAUGA